GAAUCCCCUCGCAAAGUAUUCCCCCAGCUCUGUGCGAUCCACCUCCUCAUUCUCCAGCUUUCUUAACAAAGUUUCACAGUCAAUUUCUAUCACCACGACCUUGCAUGCAUCUCGCAACUCUGAUUCUGCACUUUCAGGGAAUUCUUCAAAACAGUCUUCUUCUCUAGACUGCAGCCUCCAAAUCCUGCUUCCCCAGCUGCACUCACGAGGGAGGGCUUGUUCAGGAGUCUCCAACAAAGGGGCAACCCGGUCCAGCUUUUUUUGGAUUUACAUACCUGCCGGCUUCCAACCAGGUUGUGAUCAAGAAAAUGGAGUCAACAAAUUCUGAAGAAGAAAAGUACAGAGAAUUUAUGAAAAAGGUGGAGAGGACUGUUUACAUCGACACACUCCCACCACAAGCUAAUGAAUCAGUGCUGAAAACUGGGUUGGAUCAGUUUGGCGAUGUCGUGAAUGUAAGCUUCAUUCCGAACUACAUGGAUCCCAGGAACAGCAUGCGGUGUGCAUUGGUCGAGAUGAAGGACCCUAAUCAAGCGAAAAACGUCAUUCAAACGCUGACCAAUUCCCCGUUCAUGAUUGCUGGCAUGCCAAGGCCAGUGAGGGUGCUUCCUGCUGAGCUGGAGAUGUUUGAUGACCGUCCAAGAAAGCCCGGCAGGAAAAUAACAUUCAAGUGGUUGGAAGCAGAUGACCCGGACUUUAAGGUCGCGAAAGACAUGAAGCGUGCUGUCGUAAGGCAUGCUACUGAAGCUGCAUUAGCCCAUAAGCAACAUCUGGAGGAAGAAGAGAAGCUGCACAAACAGCAAUUGGAGAUCCUGAAAGCAAAUUACAAGAAGUACGAGGUGGUCGAUGGUGUGAUAAGCGACGGGACAGCCCAGCGUGUGGCGAAGAGAUACGGUAUGAGAGUUGCAGAUGAGUGA